AUGGUCCAGCACUGUGAAGCCCUCGGCCGUUCUGUCCAGGUGGUGAACUUAGAACCUGCGGCAGAGCAUUUCAACUAUGAUGUGAUGGCUGGUCAGAUCGAGUUGUACACACACCUGCCCGUGAUGAAACAGCUGGUUCAGCAGCUGGAACAGUGGGUGUUCCGAGUCUGUGGAGUGUUUCUUGUUGAUUCUCAAUUCAUGGUGGAGUCGUUCAAGAGCACCUACUGUGCCACCAUGGUCCAGCACUGUGAAGCCCUCGGCCGUUCUGUCCAGGUGGUGAACUUAGAUCCCGCGGCAGAGCAUUUCAACUAUGAUGUGAUGGCUGACAUCCGGGAACUGAUCGAGGUGGAUGAUGUGAUGGAGGACGGUUCCCUGCGCUUCGGUCCCAAUGGAGGACUGGUGUUUUGCAUGGAGUACUUCGCCAGUAACUUUGAGUGGCUGGAGAACUGCCUUGGCCAUGUCGAGGAUGACUGCAUCCUUUUUGACUGUCCAGCUUGUGUUCUUGGCGGUCAGAUCGAGUUGUACACAAACCUGCCCAUGAUGAAACAGCUGGUUCAGCAGCUGGAACAGUGGGAGUGAGCCUGUGGAUUAUUUCUUGUUGAUUCUCAAUUCAUGGUGGAGUCGUUCAAGUUUAUUUCUGGCAUCUUGGCAGCCUUGAGUGCUAUGGUAUCUCUAGAAAUCCCGCAAGUUAACAUCAUGACAAAAAUGGACCUGUUGAGUAAAAGAGCUAAAAAGGAAAUUGAGAAGUUUCUAGAUCCAGACAUGUAUUCUUUAUUAGAUGAUUCUACAAGUAACUUCAGAAGCAAAAAAUUCAAAAAAUUGACUAACGCCAUAUGUGGGCUGAUUGAUGACUACAGCAUGGUCCGAUUUUUGCUUUACGAUCACUCAGAUGAAGAAAGCAUGAACAUUGUAUUACAGCACAUUGAUUUUGCCAUUCAGUACGGAGAAGACUUGGAAAUCAAAGAACCCAAGGAACAUGAAGAAGAAUCAUCUUCUAUGUUAGAUGAAUCUUUUCAAGAAUGCCAGAACAAAUGA